AUGGAGAAGUCUGUGGUGACCUUUGACAAAGGCACGACCUGCUCUUCAUGGAACUACUGUGGCGAGAGAUUGGCUACUGGUUCAAUCGAUGGAACUUUGGCCAUUUUCGACUCAGUCGACCCGGCUUCUUCGUCAUUCACUUGCACUUCUACAUCCAGGGUUCGUAUUUCUCGUGCAUUAACUAAUACUAGUCGUGGCCGAGGUCGAGGUCGUGGUCGGGGUAGAGGUCGGGGUGAUGAUAUUGUGUUGGAGGAAGCAUCUCAAAUCUUGGAAGAGGAUGUGAUCGAUAAUGGUUCAGGGGAUGAUGAUGAUGAUGCUGCUGAUGUAGAUCAGGCUGAGGAGGUACUCACUGGUCUGUUUCUUGGGGGCCCAUCAGAUCCAUCAGUACUAAAGAGCUUCAAGGCACAUAUUGCAGUAGCUAUAUGGGAGCAAAAGAUUCUUGAGUGGCGGUGGUGGUCAAAAACUGACAAUAGAAGGUUUAGGGACAUUGUGCAGCUGUCAGGCCUAUCUUCUUUGGUCCAUUACACAUAUCAGUUCGUGAAUAGGAUUGUCAUAUUUGCAUUUGUUGAGCGAUGGCAACCAGAGACAAAUACUUUCCAUUUGACAGUUGGUGAGAUGACGAUGACAUUAGAUGAUGUAGGUACCAUCUUGGGGAUCCCUAUCACAGGUAGAUCAGUUAGUGCUGCAACUUUAACAGAUCAACAGGCACAUGCACUUGUGGUAGAUGCCUUGGGAGUUAAUGAUGCUGAAGCAACUGAGGAGCUAUCAUCUGCUAGGGGACAAUCAGUGAAGCUGGAGUGGUUACGAAGCAAAUUCAGUGGUUGCAAAGAUUCAAACACUGACGAAUCCAUAGCUUGUGCCACCAGAGCGUAUUUGCUAUUUCUAUUGGGAUGUACAUUGUUCAGCGAUAAGAGUGGGACGAGAGUUCCUAUUGUGUACUUGAAGUUGUUGAUGGAUUUGUCUGAUAUUCAUACAUAUGCUUGGGGUGCAGCUGCAUUGGCAUAUUUAUACCGACAGUUGGGAUUUGCCACGAGAUCAGCUGUUCGACAGAUGGCUGGUUACAUGACAUUGUUGGAGGCAUGGAUUUAUGAGCAUUUCCGGCCAUUUAGACCUUACCAAAACAUGGAAUAUACUGUUACUUGGGAUCCAUAUCGACAUUGCCGUCAAUAUCACCCAUGUCAUGAGAUCACAUUCUACACUGGAUGUUUGAAGUGUUUGGAUGUAGUUGAACCCUAUCAUCCUGAAAGGGUUCUUAGACAGUUUAGUAGGGUUCAGACCAUCCCACCUGCGCCACUCGACCCUGUUCGUGUUGUUAGAGGUGUGACAGCAGGCCGAUAUAGAGUGAUGUAUCAGUAUCUUGAUCAGAUAUGA